CGAUCGCUAGCACAAAUUUGGAGUGGGAAGAACGGCACCGUGCUUUGUUAUUACAUACCAUUUCUCGAUCGAAACGUCUGUUAACGACCUCAGAAGUUGUGUGUUUACAUAUGGCAUACACAUUUAUUGUAAUAUCGCCAAGUGUUAUUAGUUUUUGGAAGUUUCUCGAAAUAACAAGAAAUCACAAGUGGGCAUAUAUAUUUUUCAUGUUUCAAUAAUAGUGGAUAAAACAUUAAUUUAUUGCAGCUAAUUAUUGUAACGAAACAUACACUUGCUUAGAAUUUGUAGUAUAUCUCAUUAUACAGAAUAUCUAAGAUAAAAGUAGUAUCAUGUUUCUUAAACUAUUGUUAAGCAGCAGUUUAACUAUCAUCGUCGCGACGGCUUUUUUAACCGACGAUCAGAUAAUUAAAAUAUCUCAAGAAGAGUUAAACAGGCAUUCAAAUUAUAUAUUACCGCAUCGUUAUGAUAUCAUCGUUACACAUAUCGAAGAAAAUAUUCUUGUCUGCAACUGCAUUAUACGUACAGAUAUUAUACAUCCAACAUCAAGCAUAUUAUUAUAUUUACACGUAAAAAAUAUUAGUCUAACUGUGGUUUAUUAUCCAAAUUAUUAUUCUAACAAUGAAGAAAAGAGCAUUUAUGCAUCGGUAAAAUCUAUGUAUGAUGUUGAGAAAAACAUUGUCAAAUAUAUAUUUCCUAAUGUUCUAAUGCCAGGGUAUUACAACAUAAAAUUAGUUUAUAAUAUAACUGAAGAUACAGGCCUAAAAACCUUUUAUAAAAGAGAUGAGCGACAAUGGUUGGCAACGUAUGUCGAUCGUAUUGGAAUCCAACACAUGAUUCCGUCUUUGCCCGAAUCUUUAAGAGUCACCUUUCAGAAGCCCAUGUAUGAAAUUAUUGUCGAAGAUUAUGAAAACUAUACAGUUAUUUCAAAUGAACCGAUACAAAAAAUAGAAAGGAAUGAUAAAAACAUGACACUUAUUCAUACGCUUGUAAAACCUAUUUAUCUAUUAUUUCUGCCUAAUCAAAAUAAUUUAUCUCGUACACCUGGUACAAAUAAAAGUGUCAGAGUUAAUAUGUGGUGUAGAAUGCAUUGCGAAUUUGCACACCAAUUUGCUGAACAUAUAACAUCGUACUUGUUCGAUAAAUGGAAACGUUUGAAUAAAACUUGGGAAAUAAAUCAUAUUGCACUUCCGGAUUUUCAAAACGAAAGCAUAUAUCUAGGCCUUAUUCUUUACAGAGAAGCAGAUAUUAUUUACAAUGACAAUGUAGAUUCUGUUGCGACUAAAAUCAAAGUUGCCCGUUUCAUAGCCCAUAAAAUAAUACAAGAAUGUUUUUAUUAUGAAAAUCCACUUUGGUCAUUAUCGUCUUUGUUAAAUGAAGCUAUUGUCGCAUUUUUUGGAUUAUAUGUCACCAAUCAGACUCUCCCAAGUACCCGGAUGAUGGACUUGUUUGUGGUACAAAGUCAACAAGAAUCCCUUCAUUUCGAUACUAAAUAUAAUACAUCACUUUAUAAUACAUCAUUCAACAUUUCUUUUGAACAUUACAGUUACAUUAAAGUAUCCAGUAUAUUGCGCAAAUUACAAAAAUUGAUUACUGAAGAGAUAUUUUGGCAGAGUAUCCGUAUAUAUGUAAAGGACAACAAGCCAACUUUUAACUAUUUUGGUGAAAUUAUGAUGAAUCUUUCGUCCAAUAAAAAUUCUACAGACAAAUUAUUUAUUAUAAGGCAGCUAUUUAUUACUCUCCCAAAACAAAAAUAUUGUGACGUUAUGUUACUAAAAUUAGUACGAAAUGUUAAUCAGCCUAUCAGAGACUUACAGUUAAAAGUAACGAUGUACAGUAAUUAUUACAAACCUAAGACGUAUUUUAGGGAGUUGAGUGACUUUAUAAUAUAUAAUGAAGCACAAACUGGAUAUUAUCGAGUCAAUUACGAAAUCGAGAACUGGCAAAAAAUUACAAGUUAUCUAAAUUCUGAAAAUUAUAUGAAAAUACAUGUUUUGAAUCGUGCCCAAAUUAUCGAUGACGCUUUCCACUUAAUGAUAACAAACCAACUUAAUUCCAUUCUAUUCUGGAACAUUACGAAAUAUCUGUCACGAGAAACAGACUACGUGGCAUGGUAUCCUAUGUUCAAAGCUUUAGAAUAUCUGUCCAAUAUCUUUCUAUUUCAGGAAAAAAUAUAUGUUAAUAUCAAGGAGGAAAUGCUAUACUUACUAAACAACUUGCUUAUUAAACUUAAAUACGAUGAAGUUUCUAAUGAAUACGAUCUUACAAAGAGUUUAAGAAUGGAGGCUGCGAAAUGGGCAUGUAAUCUUAAUAGUGAAACAUGCAUAAAUAAUGCCCGAUUUAAUUUAAAUCGACAUCUCGAAGAUCCGGAAAAUAACACGCUUUUGCCAUGGUGGAAAGAAUGGACAUAUUGUCAAGGUUUAAAAGUAGUGCACUAUUCUUUUAGCAAUAAAUAUUCUCCUUGGUGGGGAGUAUAUCAUCUGGAAAAAGAAAAAUGUGAAACUAAAUUUUUAAAAUAUCUGUCUUGCCCUGAGUAUUCACAAUUUAUCAAACCCUAUUUAAACCUAAUAAAAAAUGAUAGUACAACAUCGAUUAUGUUUUUCAAAGAUUUUUCCGAUAAAGAUUAUAUUAAUUAUUUUCUUUUUACUAUCGCGAAGCACGCGAGGAAUCCUGUGGUACUCGACUUCAUAUUAGAAGAACUUGAGAACAUAAGACCCAGACAAAUCAGCGAGUAUGCAACAUUUAUUGUAAUUAUUAAUCAUGUGUAUUCCACAAAUGAACUCCAAAAGAUAAGCAACUUGCUAAGAGAUAAAUUUGUUAAUGUAACGCAAGCUGAAUUAAAUGAAUGUAAAGAGUUACGGUUUUUUGUGAAAGAAAGAAUUACGAAAGUAAAGACAAGCAAUUUGACACAAUCAGCAGAAUAUUUCGGAUGUAUACAGCAAAAUACUUCAAAUAUUGAAAGCAAGAUACAAAUGCAAUAUAUUUUAAAUAUUGAAAGCAAGAUACAAAUGCGUUUUUUCGAAAUCAAAAGUCAACAGAAUUACUUUCAAAAUUUUGUGAAAUAUCCAGAGGAGGAAACGUUUUUUCGAAAAAGUACCGCGUCAAAAGAGCCGUUUUGGUUAUGCUUAAUUUUUGGUUAUACAUCGACAUGCGAAUAACUCGUUACCGUUACCAUUACUAAGAAAGCAACGAUUCGUUAUUUCUUCUUU